AUGUUGGCACUGUGCGGCCGAGACUUCCCGCUAUCGUCACGAGUUGACGUCUGGUGUGACAGGGACUUCAUGAUAGUCUUGGCCAAAACUGAGGGGCUACGAGCGCUUACUGGUGAAUCGGAUCUCUUUACCAUAGACGAAGCUGACCUUUCUGAUCGGGAAUCCCAGUCCCUGUUGAGGGUUUGGCGUGAUGAAUGUCAGAGUUUCCUGCAGGAAGCGGCCGGCGAUGUGGGGAUAGAAGAAACCAACCUCGUUGUUAGAACUGCCCAUGGUAUAGUUGGAGAGCUCGAGGAUGCCUACAUUUGA